CUUCGCUUCGUCAACAAAAGCUGCAAUAAGAAAUCACGCAACAGCUGAUGAACUCUCUCGUGUGUUUGCAUGUGUGCCAUUUUCACGUGAUUAAUUCUCUGUCUCUGUCGAAACAUGAUGUUGAAAGAAACCAUGCACUUCCUUCGUCUUCCCAAAGAGCCAAACAUGAUCUUAGAGGCUGUAUGACUUCCUCUGUUGUUUAGUGCAGCAUUAGAAACACUUCAGCAAAGAUGAUAGAAAAUUAGAAAUCUCUCUCAACAGAACUCCAAAUCUGUAAGUAAUCUUUCUCUCUCGAAAUCUAUUAGUUGGCUCUUCUUCUCUAAGGGUAAUUGAGGCAGAGUAAAAGAUCCAAUCUAAAUAAGAGAGAACAAGAAGAAUGAUAUCAUGCUGCGCCAUCACUUUAUUCUGGGAAAGGAGAAGCCGACCCAGAGUUCUCCUUUUCUUUUUCUUCUUCUUGUGUUAACCUUCUCUUGCCCAGACGAACUGCUCUGUUGUUUCGCUCCCUCCCUCUUUGUUCCCUCUCCCUCUCUUCUUUACGGUAACUGUUCUUCCUUGUCCCUGUUCAUCUCCGUCGAUGGAAAUCGACCCAAAACCACGGGACGCAGCCAUCACCAGGAGUAGCAGCAACUACAGUAGCACCAACGGAGGAGCACCGGCAGCAAAACCACCUCCGUCGUCGCCAACAGCUCUACCACCUUUGACUCCACAGCCCAUUCCGAGGGCCUGCGUAGCGAAUCCGUGCCCGACGACCUUCGUUCAUGCCGACGCUUCCUCGUUCAAGCAAGUGGUCCAGAUGCUCACGGGCUCCGCCGAGACCGCCGCUGCCAACUCGACAGCUGAGAGAAGCUCGGUAGCUCCUGCCGCCAAGGUCACCGGCCCCAAGAAGGCCGCUUUCAAGCUCUACGAGCGGCGAAGCAGAGUCAAGAACCUCAAGAUGAUCGGCCCCCUGAUACCGACCUUGCUGGACUCCAACCCCAACUCCCCCGUCGGUGGCGCCGCCUUCUCUCCUCGCAAGCUGCCGGAGGUUCCCUCGCCCAGCACGCUGGACUUCCCUUCCCUGUCACUGAGCCCUGUCACUCCUCUGAUCCCGGACCCCUUCGAGCGGCCGCCGCUCAGGGGCACGGACUCCGCCAAGUGGGCCGAGGACCGGGCGAUCGCCGAGAAGGGAUUUUACCUUCAUCCGUCGCCGAGGACAGCGAGGAGAGACGGCCAGCCACCGCGGCUGCUGCCGCUGUUUCCGGUGACCUCCCCAAAGGCCUCCUCCAACUCGUAUCCUGCCACUUGUAAUUGAGAUGGUUCGACUCCAUGGCUGUCGAUGGCUACGUCCUGCUCUUUAUUUCCAUUUCAACUGUAAAAAUGGUUAGUCGUGGCUUUAUCUGAGUUAAAUGACUGCUUCUCUUUA